AUGAACGCUCAAAUCUUGGAAUUUCUUACCAUUGCUCUCAGAUUACUUUUUCCUCGCAACCCCAAUUCUUAUUCAUCAAAUUCAGAUAUCAAAACAGCGAACGCACUGAAACGACAUUCUGCUGAUUCUGACACCCUAAGAUCAUUCAACACUUUGCCGGUAUCGCAGUCCAACUUGCACACAAGUAUUUCUUCCCUUAAUUCGGCAGAAAAUGCAUCUGUGGAAGAGAUUUCGGUGCCGGAUGCACUUCGCCUUGAUCCACUUCCUGAAAAUGAUGUGUUACGAGCAGAAGCGGUAGCGUCCUUACCGCGGAUCAUGUCUAAAACAACAAUCAUCCAUAGUAGUGACGAGUCUCCUCAGGAAACAUUUGAACGGCUAAUUCGUGGUAUCAAAGAUGGCUCUAUGGAGAAGAGUGAAAUAGAGGAUCAGCUUUUCAAUACUUUGGUUGGCGGCCAGUUUGAUCUCGAGACAAGGUACAUCAUUGAGGACAGUAACAAUAUCGAAAGAAUGCUCACACUGCUUACCCAUGCGGACGAAACUUUGCAGGCUGAAAUCUGGAGCGUUUUUCUGGCAGUCGUUCGUAAGAGUAAACGAAAUUUGGAAGCAUGCUCGAGGAUUUCAUUAAUCUCCAAAAUAUUGGAUAUCUUGCCGGAUACCGAUGGGAUGCUCUCUGAUCUUCUUGUACAACUUCUUGGUGUUCUCACCAACUAUUCCAUCACUGUAAAAGAGACUAAGCAAUUUCUGCGCUCGUUACAGGCACCCAGGAAUUCCCUAAAACUUCUGCAAGUGAUGAAGCAAAUGCCGGUGCGAGACGAUGCCAAUGUAUUCUUCUCGUUUCCAGGAAAAUCGCAAGCGGGUAUUAUCGUUCCUCCUUUCGCUAAGUUUCCUUGCCAGUCUGGUUGGACAUUUAGUACAUGGUUGAGAAUGGAUCCAAUGUCAAGUGUUCUUUUUGAAAAAGAAAAACCAUAUCUUUAUUGUUUCCGAAGCAGCAAAAUGGUUGGGUAUUCUUGUCAUUUCAUGGGUAAUGCCUUAGUUGUUACUGCGGAAAAAUCAAAAGGGAAAAUUAAUUUCGGAAUCUUUUACAUUGAACUUCUAAUUUUUUUUUUGCGGUUUAGGGCUGUCUCGACAACCGACCAAUUUGAUCGCUGCGCGAUUGGUGUGUCACCGGAGGGCGAUCCUGACACUGCCUUUUGUGGCCAGAUGGGUGCGGUCUACCUGUUUGCUGACUCGUUAUCUCUCGAGCAAGCAAACUCCUUGUUUUGCCUUGGACCUGCAUAUCAAUCCUAUUUCGUGCAUGACUCUGGAAGUAAUCUUCCAGAAGGCUAUAAAAAGCACCUUUUCGAUGGUCGCUUAAGUAGUGCUCUUGUAAUGGCAUAUUGCCCGAAAAACUGUCAUGGCCAGCUGUGUUUAAAUUCACCGGCAAAAGUUCCAUCUGCAUAUUUUGUGCAGGUUCCUCACGCUGUUAUGAAGGAGGGGGUGGAAGUUAUAACUACGCACUCGAUUCAUAGCUCACUGCAAUCUGUAGGAGGAAUACAGAUUCUUCUGCCACUAUUCUCCCAACUAGAUCUUCCUUGCGAAGAUGGUAAUGCUAUGGAUGGUGAUAUGUGUUCUACGUUGUUGUCUCUCAUUGCGUUGUUGUUGGCCAGCUCACAGACAAUUCAGCAGCAAUUGUAUCACAGUAAAGGAUUCCUGAUAAUUGGCCAUGCUUUGCAGAAGUCGUCCAACAAGCACAUAACAAUGAAGGUUGCGGAACAGGUGAUAGACAUGGCGAAGUUCUUGCUGAGGUGCUCAUCCGGUGGACCUCUUAUCAAGCAACUUUUUGAGCAUAUUAUGUUCAAUCCGAAGCUGUGGAUAAAUAGUGAGCCAAGCGUGCAGGUGCACUUAUACAAUUAUCUGGCAACGGAUUUUCUUGGAAACACCAACUUCCAUCACAUAAUUCGUCAAGUGGCCACUUUCGGUGAAAUGUGCCAUGCUCUAAAAUUCUACUACUGGGUAACAUUGCCCAAACCGCCAUCAGCAUAUCAGAUAGAAGAGAGACCGGAAUCGUUCCCAAGUGAAGCUGUGAUAGCGAUAAGGGGCUCUAUUUUGGUUUUUCUCAACCGAUUAAUUCUUUUGAAUCCUUCGAAUAGUUCAAGCCAAGACGCGAUUCGUGAGCAAGAAAUCCACCAGCUCAUGAAUUUCGUGGCCACCGUUCAUGAGGAUGACAAUCUUUAUGACGUGCUUGCCUUACUGAAUCGUUUGCUGGGAUUCUACCCGCAUAUAAUGGUACCUAUGUUCGACAAAGACAAGGCUGUCGGGUUAGUCUUCAAACUGCUCUCGUCACCAAAUCAGUUGAUUCGGAUUCCUGCUCUCAAAAUGUUCGGCUUCUAUUUGCAACGCUCCACGCUCAAGCGGAAGACGGAAUCGGUAACAGCUCGCCAUCUGUACACUCUGAUUACUGAACGAUUACUUAUCCAUGCGGACUAUUUAACGAUCCCCACCUAUAUCGUUUUAUUCGAAAUCCUGACCGAGCAAAUGACCCCGGAUUUUGCCUACGCUAAGAGAGAAGCGGCGAGUGCCAGUUGGAGGUUCGAAAAUCCAAUGAUGCUGAAGGUGAUAGCCAACUUGAUCACUCAAUCUACGGAAUCGAAUGAACUAAUGCGGGUCAAGAAGUCUUUCUUGCUCGACAUGAUCAACAUGUGUCGUGAUGGAAAAGACAAUAGGAGAACUAUUCUGCAGAUGUCUGUUUGGCAGGAAUGGCUGAUAUCCAUUUCUUAUGUGUUCCCUAAGACUGAGUCGGAAAUAACAGAACUAGUUUACGAGAUGUUUGCCAUUCUUCUACACCAUGCUAUUCGCUAUGAGUAUGGUGGAUGGCGUGUUUGGGUUGAUACCUUGGCGAUAGCCCAUUCGAAGCUUGAAAAAACUUUGGCAACAAUCAGAGUGUCUUCAACUCCGGACGAAAUGCCAACGCCGAUUUAUCGAACACCAGAGUUUUGCUGGUCAUCCGUUCAUCUUCGGCUUCUUGGCGACCUUUUGGGUGGGAUUGAAACUGUCGUUGAAGAAUGGAAAUUAUCUGAGUCAUCAUCUAUUAGUGAUCUCUGCAAUACGAACGACAAUCAGAUCUUUGUUGGAAAUACUGUUCAUGUCAUCUCGCAAUUGGCUGACAGUCUUAUUAUGGCUUGCGGAGGCCUACUCCCUCUUUUGGCUUCUGCGACAUCACCUAACAGCGAGUUGGAGAUAACUGAUGCUUGUCAGCAAGAACUUCCUAUUGAGUGUGCCGCAGCGUUAUUGUCGCGAUUUGUACAGCUAGUCGAUGUCUUCGUUUUUGCAAGUGGUGUUUCAUUUGCUGAGUUGGAACAGGAGAAGAACAUGCCUUCUGGAGGUGUGUUGCGACAAGUGCUUCGCUUAAUCUCGACGGCCGCAGUUCGGCAUAUUCUCACCGCCCGUGUCCUGCGUCCAGACAGCAACGGUCAGGCGUUUGAACCGCAUGCAAAUCCGAAGAACGAGGCUAUCUAUGAAUUCGUGAAGGGAGCAAUCGAAUCGGUAAGAAUUGUGGAUUUGGAUCGCCUUCUACAAGACGUCGAUUUGCAGCGUAUUAAAGGAGCUGUUUACCGAGAUAUGGUAGAGGAAAAUCGUCAAGCUCAAUUCCUUGCGUUGGCCGUUGUUUACCUUCUUUCGGUCCUUAUGGUAUCUCGAUACAGAGACAUUUUGGAACCACCAGCUAGUCCGAGCCCCUUCUUCAAUUCUGCUACCAAUGGUGAGGAAUGCAGUACACCUGGAUCCUCCUCUGCGGGUGGGUCUGAAACCAAAGGCGCCAAGCCUCCUACUCCGGAGAAAUCAACUGCAAACGGAGAAGCUUUAAGUGAAGACGAGCACAAAGAGGAGAAAGAAGGGAUUUCAGCUAUCAUGGUGACUCCUGAAACGAUGAAAAAGGAUGGAAAGGACUAUAAAGCUGAAGAGUUGUCGAAAUUGGGGGCAUCGACGACAGGUGCUCCUUCUCAACAACCGGCUGAACGAAGGCAGUACCUAACUAGCAAACUGCAAACCGCAUUGGAGACCACCGCACCACUUCUGAGAGAAAUCAUGAGUGAUUUCCGAUCAUUCUUCCAAAAAACUCUUCUUGGUACACAUGGUCAAGAAAUUAUGAAUGAUAGCAAAGUACUGGAGACUCUGAAAAACCGACAAGGUUCUGUCAUUGAGCUUGUCAUGUUACUCUGCUCGCAGGAAUGGCAGACUUCUCUUCAAAAACAUGCUGGGCUUGCCUUCAUCGAACUGGUUAACGAAGGGCGACUUAUGGCACAUGCUACUCGGGAUCACGUGCUGCGCGUCUCGAAUGAGGCAGACUUUAUUCUGAAUCGCUUACGUGCUGAGGAUGUUAGCAAACAUGCUCAUUUCGAGAGUGAGACGAUGGCAAACCUUGACUUGCGGCGUGAAGAGGAAGCGCGAUGGGCUCAAGCCAUCCGAAAUGGACGACGACGAGAUGGUCGCCUUGCUGCAAAGUUGCUGGGAAACAUGAUGACUGUCCUUUCUGCGUGGGUUGAUAGUUGGCAAUUGUUCUGGCGACUGGAUGUCUGGGAAGAUGACAGCCGUCGGAGGCGUCGUUUCGUUCCGAACGUUUUCGGUUCGAGACAUGAGGAUGCGAGUGUAGUUAGCGUGGCGUCUGAAGACCAGGAGCUGAGCGAAGAGGAGAAAUUGAGGGCUCUUGCAAAUAGUCAGUCGUCGGAGUUGGUUGAUGAAAGUGACAUAGACAAAUGGGCUGCUGAAAUUGAUCCCACGCCAAGCAGUGUGACAAGCUACAGCACUCCGGCUAAACUGAUUGCACCAGGAGUCGUAGUUCCUGGUACUUUAUCAAUCACCGCUACUGAUUUGUUCUUCGAUGCUGAUGAGGAGAAUCCGUUAUACAAAAAGCAGGAUCCAAAGGUUUUGCGGUACUGCGAAUCGUUACAUGGAAGAUGGAAUUUACAAGAGAUUCGUGCCGUAUUCCUACGUCGACAUCUUCUACAGAACAUUGCGUUGGAGCUGUUCCUUGCAACAAGAACUGCGGUCAUGUUCGCAUUUCCCGAUCAGGAGACAGUGCGAAACGUCGUUUAUCAGCUUCCUCGUGUGGGUGUUGGGGUGAAGUAUGGUCUUCCACAAAGUCGAAAGACAAGCUUGAUGACUCCACGCCAGCUGUUCAAGCAUUCUGACAUGUGUCUGAAAUGGCAGAAGAACUUAACGUUUCACUCUUCAAAUUUCCACCUGGAGAUAUCCAACUUUGACUACUUGAUGUUCCUGAAUACGGUAGCCGGUCGAACAUUCAACGAUCUGAAUCAGUAUCCAGUGUUCCCGUGGAUUCUUACCAACUACUCAUCGGAUCAACUUGAUCUCAAUGUGGCAGCUAAUUUCAGAGAUCUAUCGAAGCCUAUCGGCGCCUUGUCUGAAUCUCGCCGGAAGUAUUUCCAAGAACGAUACACCUCAUGGGAAGACGAGGCCAUUCCGGCUUUCCAUUAUGGGACACAUUAUUCGACACAAGCGUUUACUCUAAACUGGCUGAUGAGAGUGGAGCCGUUCACAACAAUGUUUCUCGACAUGCAAAACGGUCGAUUCGAUCAUCCGGACCGGGUGUUUCACAGCAUCGCCGAAACAUGGGAUCACUGUCAAAAAGAUUCUCAUGACGUAAAGGAACUGAUACCUGAAUUAUUUUACCUGCCGGAGAUGUUACGAAAUAACAAUGGAUUUGAUUUGGGCCAAAGAUCAGACGGAGCAAAGAUAAAUGAUGUCGUGCUACCAAAGUGGGCAUCAUCACCCGAGGAGUUCGUUCUACUCCAUCGUCAAGCUCUCGAGAGUGACCUAGUCAGCUGUCAACUAAAUCAAUGGAUUGAUCUAAUCUUCGGUUACAAACAGAAGGGUCCUGAAGCGGUCCGAGCAACAAAUGUUUUCUACUACCUCACCUAUGAAGGUGCUGUCUGCUUGAAGUCCAUAGAAAGUGCCACUCAACUGGAGGCCAUUCAACAACAAAUUACGUCUUUUGGUCAAACGCCAGUCCAAUUAUUAGCAGAGGCGCACCCACCGCGUCAUUCUGUGAUGACCAUGGCUCCUCUGAUGUUCCGUCGCUGUGAGGACGACUUGUGCAUGCUGAUGAAGUUCAUCUCCAAUAGUCCCGUCGUCUUUCUUGCUGCUAACACUUUCCAUCAACUACCGCAACCUACCGUAGUCUCCGUCGCGCAGAAUCUCGUUUUUGCUUUGAAUCGAUGGGAUAAUUCAUACACAUAUGGAGCAUCUACAAGAAGUGCACUAUUAAAUGGCCUUUUUCAGAAUGACUUACCAUUGACAGUCGAUCCGUUGCUGGCUUCGGGUAACCCGUCCAUUCCUGUGGCUCGUCGCCAUUUGGGAGAUUCCCUGGACCAUCGACUAACAGUUCGAUGGAACAAUUUUGUUGCAACAACCGACAGCAGAUGCCUUAUAGCUUGUGGCUAUCCUGACUACAGUUUCCGAGUGAUCGACACGGAUGCUGCGCGUGUGCGACAAGUCAUCUACGGUCACGGUGAUGUUGUGACAUGCAUUGCACGAUCUGAGACGAGCCUUUUUGCUGACUGUUAUGUAGUGACUGGAAGUAAUGACUGCACGGUCGCUUUAUGGCAUUGGAAUGGGCAGGUAGGAUUUAUUGCCGGUGAAUACAACACGCUAGGGGAGACACCAUCACCCCGGGCCAUCCUCACAGGUCAUGAAGCAGCCAUCUCUGCUCUAGCUGUCUCCGCGGAGCAUGGACUCGUUCUAAGUGGUUGCGAAGAUGGGACCAUCUUAAUGCACACGACGGCUGGUGAACUUCUUCGGCGAUGGAGCAGUCGGCAACGUGUCUCGCAGUUGCUGAUGAGUCGAGAGUGUGUUGUGAUGGCUAUUUACGGUCACCAUAGCUUCGUCACGUUGACGACGACUGCGAACCAGCUCGACGAAGCCGUCGCCGAUGACAAAGUGGAAUGUGCCUGCUUAACAAGGGAUGGCGAGUACGUGAUCAUAGGAUCAGAGAGUGGCCGAUGUACUGUUUGGCGAUUAUUCCCAUUGCAAAAGCUGUAUACCUUCCAGCAAGUGGACAGUGCGAUACGAUCAGUGGCAGUGUCAGCGAAUCAUCGAUUUGUUCUUGCCGGAUUGGAUUCUGGAUCCAUAGUCGUUUUUAACGUCGACUUUAAUCGCUGGCAUUACGAGUACAAGAAUCGCUAUCAAGCCCAGAAAUGA